UUCCCCUGCAAAACGCAGCUGGCUUGCAGCGCGCAGUUCUUCCUCGCCCUCCCUCCGCUCCGCUGCCCUCUCUCACGGAAAGCAGGCUGGCCUAGCAGUCAAAGGAGAGGCGAGAGUCAAGUUUGCAACGGCAUUAUCGGUAAACUGGACUUGACGGAUAUUUGUGCUAUCUAAUUUAGGCGUUGACUGCCUCGUACGUGGUCAGCCGCCAUGGCCGAAACUAAGAAACGAGUGCCAACAAUGCGCGUGCUGGCGACGCCAUGUCAAGAGCGGUUCAUCGACCUGUACGACUUAGGGCAGAAGCUGGGGUCGGGGCAGUUCGGCACGACGUACGUGUGUCGCGAGAAGGCGACGGGCCACAAGUGGGCGUGCAAGUCCAUCCCCAAGAGCAAGCUGCUCACCGAGAACGACGUCGAGGACGUCAGACGCGAAGUGGCCAUCCUCUACCACGUGCAGAACCAGCCGAACAUCGUGAACAUGAAGGGCGCGUACGAGGACCGCGACUACGUGCAUAUCGUCAUGGAGCUCUGCUCGGGCGGCGAGCUCUACGACACCAUCAUCGAGCGCAUCGAGGCGCGCGGCGUCCCCUACUCCGAGCACGACGCGGCGGAGAUGGCGCGCGUGAUCGUGCGCGUGGUGGAGCGGUGCCACGCGCUGGGCAUCGUGCACCGCGACCUCAAGCCCGAGAACUUCCUGCUCUCGUCGCGCGACCCCGACACGGCGGAGCUCAAGGCCACGGACUUCGGCCUCUCGUGCUUCUACAAGGGCGACGGCAUGGCGCGCCACUGCGGCAGCCCCAUGUACAUGGCGCCCGAGGUCGUGCGCUGGCGCUCCGCCACGCACCUCGUGGGCAAGCGCCCCGCCAAGUACGGCCCCGAGGUGGACAUCUGGAGCGCGGGGGUCAUCAUCUACGCGCUGCUCUGCGGCUUCCCGCCCUUCUACCACAGCAGCCACUCGACCAAGGAGAUCUUCAAGGCUGUGCUGCGCGCCAACCCGUCCUUCGCCAUCCCGCCGUGGCCGUCCAUCUCGGAGCACGCCAAGGACCUGCUGCGCCAAAUGCUCAACCCCGACCCCGCCAAACGACCCUCCGCGCACGAAGUGCUCUGCCACCCGUGGCUGGCGGAGGCGGGUGCGGCGCAGACAGAGCCGCUGCCGCCCGUGGUGCUGACGCGGCUGAAGCAGUUCACGUCCAUGGUCAAGAUGAAGCGCAUGGCCAUGAAGGUGAUCGCGGAGGGGCUGAAGGAGGAGGAGAUCCGCGGGCUGCGCGAGCUGUUUGAGGCGAUGGACACGGACCACAGCGGCACCAUCACCAUGACGGAGCUCAGGGACGGACUCAAGAAGUACGGCGCCAACCUCAGCGACGCCGAGAUCAGCCGCAUCAUGGAGGAGACGGACAUCGACCACAGUGGGGAGAUAGAGUACGGGGAGUUCCUGGCGGCGACGCUGAAUCUGAGCAAGAUCGACAAGCAGGAGAACCUGCUCAAGGCGUUUGCCUUCUUUGACACGGACGGCAGCGGCACCAUCACGCUGGACGAGCUGCAGAAGGCAUGCGAGGAGCUCAAGUUGAGCCCCGGCGAGGUUGAGGCCAUGAUGCGUGAGGUCGAUGAAAACAAGGAUGGCACGAUUGACUACCAGGAGUUUGUGGCGAUGAUGAGGAAGACGCAGACAGGAGGCCUCACUCGCCGGGACAUCAUGGAUGGCAACUAUGGCCUCACAGAUAAAGAGUUUGGAAGUGAAUCAUUUCGUUUCUUGCUCAGCUGACACAUAGUCGCUUUGUGUUAGGGUCUUGUCACUGCCCCAAGUUUGCUCCAAAUGUUCAAGUAGAUACUACUGUAGUUUGACUCCGUUGUAACUUAUUUACUCUUGAUGAUGAGGUAUAGCGUUUUAUUUUGCUGGCAUUU